AUGUGUAAUUAUACAGACAGUAUGAUAAAUAGAGCAAAAACGCCAGCUCCGUGUCACAGCCUAUUUCCCGUUUUAAUUGCAAUUGGAAUUUUAUGUUUCAUACUCACAAUAAUUACAAACACUGGAAAUUCAAAAUAUCUCGAAAAACUGAAGUCCCGGCUACGAUAUCCUUCAAUAUUCGUAGAAGUGCCGAAUUCAAUUGAAUACAAUUUAAACGAAUAUAAUGUGAAAACACACAAAGGAUAUGUUUCAAUGCAUCAAUUGAAUGAAAGGGUGAAUUUUUAAUAUCCAAAAAAUUUGCAAUCGACAGUUGCCGAAAUUACUAAAUCAAAAAAAAUUGGCAAUCAAUUAUUUCUUCUGGAUCGAAAGUUUCCGCAAUUUUUCGGCAGCUGUUAAAUAUAUAAUUUUGUUAAAGUGAUAUUUUGUUUUGAGAAAAUAAUGGCACAAUUAUGGCACAAACCUGGUACUGUAAGAGUACUGUAGUUUUAGUAAAAAGAGUGGUUGCCUUUUGAAGGGGUUAGAGAAUCACUAAUUUCCGUGAGCCACAAAAUUAUGAUUUUUAUAAUAAAAAGUCGUAUUACUUCUGGUGUACAAAAUUCUCGGAUAUCAAAUCGUAAAUCCGACAUUACCGGUACCGACUCUUCGAAUGUUCAACGAACCAACGUGUGGUAUUAUAUUUUCCGAAUGGCUCAGAGUGUCAAAAGAAGAACAACCAAACUAUCCGCCAAAACAAAUUCCAUCUGGAGACUCCGACGCAUUCCUCUUAUUCGGUUAUGUCGCAAUAAACAACGAAUGGUAUAUAAAUGAUAAGAAUUCGGCAUCUGGACAAAAGCCGAAAAACUGGAACAAAAUAUCAGAGCUAAUGGAAUAUCCAAAAGAAAAGUUGGCCGAUGUGGCGUAUCACACAGAAGCUUUGUCUGUGUUUUAUGCAAUGGAUACUCAUCGAUUGGAUGGAAUGAGUGGUGUUGUCAUUGGAAGUAUGCAACCGUGGGUUGAAGUUAUGGCACUCAGACAGGAGCGUUGAGAAUAUUGACAGUGGAAUACAAUACAUUGGAAAUUCAAGAAACGUUCAAAAAUCGACUCUCGUCAAUUCUCCCUACGGAUUUUGUUACGAAUUGGCAAAACUAUACCGAAUCAUUUGAUUUUGCUGCUUCAUUUUCAUCAAUCGAACAUUUUGGAUUGGGACGCUAUGGUGAUCCAAUUGAUCCUAUCGGGGAUUUGAGAGAAAUGUUAAAAAUUAAAUGUAUUCUUAAAAAAGGAGGAUUACUGUUUCUCGGUGUUCCAAUUGGAACCGAUGCGAUCUCAUAUAAUGUUCAUAGAAUCUACGGUCCCGUUCGAUUAGCACUGAUGAUGUAUGGUUUCGAAUGGAUUGGCACAUUUUCUGGGGAUCAAGAGAAAUCAUUUGAUCUUAAUUCAAUACGACUUCACGAGAAAGAUCUAUUUGCAUUGUCACAAUAUACAAUGGUUUUGAGAAAACUUUAAUC